GGAUAUAUAUCAACUCGAAUGCCUUCAACACUACGUAAUGUUAAUGAUGAUUCUCGUUGGCAUAUGAAUUCAAUUUGGUAUGAUCCAAAUAGUACUUCGCCAGCGCAACAUAAUAGAAAUGCUACAGUUGUUCAUCAACAACAACAAAUUCCUGGAAAACCAAUUGCACUUGUUUUAAUGGAAGAUGAAGGCAAUUUACUUGACCCCGAUUCACUCACAACAAUUCUUCUGCUAUUAUUUAUUGAAGAUUCUAAAUCUAAUUUAACUCGCCUGCACAGAGUAGUGCGAAAUCUUUGUUAUCACGUACCCACUCGUGAAUGGAUUAUAAAUGCACUUAUAAGUAUUAUUCAAAAAACAAAUGAUACCGAUAUUAAUUUUUGCUGCAAGAAUGGAAUAAGACCUCAAUGGCUCAAAUUGUGUGUAGAUGCAGCAUUUGGAUAUAAAUCAAACAUUUUUGUUAUAAAUCAAGCGAAAGAACCUAGUAGUAAUAAUUCUACGACCGUACAUCAUUGUAUAAAUAUAAAUCCCCAAGCAGCACAAAUUAUUUUGAAAAAUUGUAUGGACCUGCUUUUUGUUUUAGCUAAACAUUUUCCUGGUAGUUUCUUACCUUUCAAUAGGUCACACCAAAAUUCUGAAAUCAAAACUGUCGAAAAUAAUACUUUAUUAAACUAUUCAAAUUGUGUUUCCACUGCUGAUUGUGUUCAAAAUUCAACAAAAAAUAAAACCCAUUCAGAAAAAAUUAAUCAAAAAACAAGAAAUGAGAAUCAACAAAUAUUGGAGUCCACAAUAUUAGAAAAAAAAGGCGACGAUACAACUCUUGAUGACUGCCCAUCGACAUCCAAAGCAGCUGCUGUUCGUUAUCAACGAAAAAAUAACGUUUCCUUAAAGAAGAAGAAUGAGAAAGGAUCGAAUUAUGCUACCAAUUCUAAUAAUUUUUGGGAAGUUCUUUUAAGUAUCGACUUAAGUACUCAACAACGUCUUUUAAAUAUUCAUGACUUUCCUUUAAAUUCAUAUCCAGAUUGGAAAUGGAAUGUAAACACGACAGAAUUUUUAUCUUUUAAUGAUUCGCCUUUUGCAAAGUUAUUAGAAAUGUUGCCUUAUAAAGGAAUUUGUCGGUCUCCACAAUUGACCGAUAUGUUAAUUAAACUAUUGGCGUUGCUAAGUAGUGAACUACCGAGAGAAGAUAAUAUUGAUGAAGCAGAUUGUACACAAUCAAAUAUUAAUUCACCUAAAAAAAAAGAUGAUAAUCAGAAAACAAAUAUAAAAAACAUGAACUGUUUUCGAAAAGGUUACACAAAACGUAAGAAUAGAAUAUAUUCAAAAAAUUUUUCUCAACUUCAACUUAUUAUCGAAGUAUUAACACAUCAAUGUGGUACAACUGAUGGACUUGAUAAUAUUUCAAAAUUAAUAGUAAAUUUUAGCCAGUGCUCACAAGCUUCGAAUGCUAUUUUACUACAGUAUUUAGUUUCGGCGAUAUUAGGACUAGCAAAUGAUGUCCAAUACGCGAUUCAAAAUUUAUUAAGCGAAAUUCAAAUAUACAAUUUCAAUAAUACCGAUGGAACAGUUUGUUCAUAUGAUAUUUCUUCUCAACAAGGAGUUAUGCAAGAUAGAUUCACUUCACAAAAUAUAGUUAUAGCUAUGCCAACAAAUAUUAAACCAUCUUGCAAAUUACAGUUGCCAGCAUUAAGAAAACUACUGUCACCUAUUUCAGCUCAACCAUAUUUUCUAAGAACACUAAAAAUAUAUAUGCAAAUUCGGGAAGUGUUCAAUAUUCACAACGAAUCCAAUAUAUCAAAUGUACAAAAUAAAAAACCAACCCUUAGCCAAAUUAUAUGCUUAGAUAACUUAUGGAGUACGCUUAGUAAGUGCUUAGUGGCAUUAGAAAAUUCAAAGGAUGAAUACGCUGUUCUUGUGUUGCAGCCAUCUGUAGAAGCAUUUUUUUUAAUUCAUGCAUCACAUAAGAAGAAGCACACUGAAAGUUCUGCUACAGAACUGACAAAUAAUAUUAGUGUAAACGCAAAUGUCAAUGUAAAUCAAAUAAAGAAAGAGGAAAUUGAAGGUGAUAGAGGUAAUGGACUGCAAAAUUUAGAAAAAAAUGAUGGAAUUGAUACUGAAAAUGAGGACAAUAUGCUUGACUUACAAUUAAAACUAGAUCGGCAAAAAUUCUUAUCAUUCGCGGAAAAGCAUCGUAAAGUGCUUAAUCAAAUUUUACGUCAGACUUCAACACAUCUUUCUGACGGGCCUUUUGCAGUUCUUGUAGAUCAUACUCGUAUAUUAGAUUUUGAUGUAAAACGAAAAUUUUUUCAAACAGAAUUAGAAAGAAUUGAUGAAGGAGUUCGUAGAGAGGAAAAUACAGUAAGUGUACGAAGAGUAACAGUAUUUGAGGAUUCCUUUCGUGUGCUAUACCGGCUGGGACCAGAAGAAUGGAAAAACCGAUUUUAUGUGGUCUUUGAGGAUGAAGAAGGACAGGAUGCUGGAGGUUUACUACGAGAAUGGUAUGUGAUUAUUUCAAGAGAGAUAUUCAACCCAAUGUAUGCAUUAUUUUGUGUUUCUCCUGGUGACCGCGUCACAUACAUGAUCAAUCCCUCAAGUCAUGCAAAUCCAAAUCACUUAAGUUAUUUUAAAUUUGUUGGACGUGUUAUUGCAAAAGCAAUUCAUGAUAAUAAAUUAUUAGAGUGCUACUUUACAAGAUCAUUUUAUAAGCAUAUUCUUGGUAAACAAAUAAAGUAUACAGAUAUGGAAUCACAGGACUAUGAUUUUUACAAGGGCCUUGAUUAUUUAAUGCAGCACAAUAUAUCAACGUUAGGAUAUGAGUUGACAUUUUCAACAGAAGUCCAGGAAUUUGGUGUCACACAAGUUCGUGAUUUGAUUCCCAAUGGGCGUAAUAUAGCUGUGACAGAAGAAAAUAAAUUUGAAUAUGUACAAUUGGUUUGUCAACUUAAGAUGAGCGAUUCAAUUCGACAACAAUUGGAUGCGUUUCUUGAAGGCUUCUAUGACAUUAUUCCUAAACACCUGAUUUCCAUUUUUAACGAACAGGAACUUGAGUUACUUAUAUCAGGUUUACCAGAUAUUGAUAUUGAAGAUUUGAAAGCUAAUACUGAAUAUCAUAAAUAUUGUUCGAAAUCUAUACAAAUUCAAUGGUUUUGGCGAUCGCUUCGAAGUUUUGAUCAAGCUGACAGAGCUAAAUUUUUACAAUUUGUGACAGGAACAUCAAAAGUACCGUUGCAAGGCUUUAGCUCUCUGGAAGGUAUGAAUGGUAUACAAAAAUUUCAAAUUCAUCGUGACGAUAGAUCAACCGAUAGACUACCUUGUGCACAUACAUGUUUUAAUCAAUUAGAUCUUCCAAUGUACAAAUCGUAUGAAAAACUACGCAAUUCUUUGAUGAAAGCAAUACACGAAUGUUCUGAAGGGUUUGGGUUCGCUUAAACUUAUACUUAAACUCAUAAAUAUAUUUAACAUAUACAUAUAUAUAAAUUCAAUAUUUAAAUACAUUAUAUUUCAAAAAUU